CUCCCCGCCCCGCGGCCUCCCGGCCCUCAUUGGAGCGCAGGCGGCGGCCCCCGCCUUCCCCGCGCCCGGUCACCGCCGCCGCCGCCGCCCGAGCGUGACUGAGGGAGCCGGCGCCCGGGCCCGCCCCCUCGGCCGCGCCGCCCGCCCCUCUCCCAUGGCCUCUCCCCGCGGCCCCCCGCGCCCGGCCCGCGCCGCCUGAAGCCCGGAGCCCCGAGCGGCCUGCGGCCACCCCGGCGGAGCGAGCGCGAGCGGGCCCCGGCCGGCCGUCCGUCCGUCCGUCCGUCGGCGCGCGGGGCGGGGGCGGGGCCGGCGGGCGGGCGGCGCGGGCCCCGCGGGGGCGGCGCGUGGAUGGAUCCGCGCGUGGCCUGGAUCCAGCCCGAGCAGAAGGGGCCGGCCAAUGCCCUGUGGAUGCAGAUCUGGGAGACCUCGCAGGGCGUGGGCCGCGGCGGCGCCGGCUUCGCGCCCUACUUCUGCCUCAACUCGCCGGCGCUGGACACGGCCGGGGCGGCGGGCGCGGCCGGCGGGAGCCCCGCGGGGAGCGGCGGCCCCGGCCCCGCGCCGCCCGCCGCCUCGCCCCCGCCGCCCGCCGCGCCCGCCGCGCUGCUCCCGGCGCUGGGGCCCGAGGGCGCGCCGCGCCUGCACAAGUCGCCGUCGCUCUCGUCGUCCUCGUCCUCGUCCAACGCCGAGUCGGGCACCGAGAGCCCCGGCUGCUCCUCCUCGUCCUCGAGCGGCGGCCGGGCGGCCGGAGGGGGCGGCCGCGCCGGCGCCUUCUUCCACUUCGCCGACGGCGCGCCCAGCGGACCCGGCGCGGCCAACGGGCACCCCGGGCCGCGCGGCCCCGCGCCCGCCGGCUCGCCGCCGCAGCACCAGUUCCACCCGGGCCGGCGGAAACGGGAGAACAAGGCCAGCACCUACGGCCUCAACUACCUGCUGUCGGGCAGCCGCGCGGCCGCGCUGAGCGGAGGGGGCGGCCCCGGGGCGCAGGCGCCGCGGCCCGGCACGCCGUGGAAGAGCCGCGCCUACAGCCCGGGCAUCCAGGGACUUCAUGAGGAAAUCAUCGACUUUUAUAACUUCAUGUCCCCUUGUCCUGAAGAAGCAACCAUGAGAAGGGAGGUGGUGAAGCGGAUCGAGACUGUGGUGAAGGAUCUCUGGCCGACGGCUGAGGUGCAGAUAUUUGGCAGCUUUAGCACAGGUCUUUACCUUCCGACCAGUGACAUCGAUCUGGUGGUGUUUGGAAAGUGGGAGCGCCCUCCUUUACAGCUGUUGGAACAGGCCCUGCGAAAGCACAGUGUAGCAGAGCCGUGUUCUAUCAAGGUCCUCGACAAAGCCACGGUACCAAUAAUAAAACUUACGGAUCAGGAGACUGAAGUUAAAGUGGACAUCAGCUUCAACAUGGAGACUGGUGUCCGGGCAGCAGAGUUCAUCAAAAACUACAUGAAGAAAUAUUCAUUGCUGCCUUACUUGAUUUUAGUAUUGAAACAGUUCCUGCUUCAGAGGGACCUGAAUGAAGUUUUUACAGGAGGAAUCAGCUCAUACAGCCUCAUUCUCAUGGCCAUUAGCUUCCUCCAGUUGCAUCCACGAAUUGAUGCCCGGAGAGCUGAUGAGAACCUGGGAAUGCUUCUUGUAGAAUUUUUUGAACUCUACGGAAGAAAUUUUAAUUACUUGAAAACUGGUAUUAGGAUAAAAGAAGGAGGUGCCUAUAUUGCCAAAGAAGAGAUCAUGAAAGCCAUGACCAGUGGGUACAGACCGUCGAUGCUGUGCAUUGAGGACCCCCUGCUGCCUGGAAAUGAUGUUGGCCGGAGCUCCUACGGGGCAAUGCAGGUGAAGCAAGUGUUCGACUAUGCCUACAUUGUGCUCAGUCACGCUGUGUCACCGCUCGCAAGAUCCUACCCCAACCGAGAUUCCGAAAGUACUUUAGGAAGGAUCAUCAAAGUCACUCAGGAAGUGAUCGACUACCGCAGGUGGAUCAAGGAGAAGUGGGGCGGCAGAGCCCACUCGUCACCAGAGCUCGACAACAGGAUUAAGAUAACAGAGCGGAUAGCCUUGUGUGGCGGGGAGCAGCCCCGGGAGCCAGGCUCGCCCUGCAGCCAGCGGCUGACGCUGUCUCUGUCCAGCCCCCAGCUCCUCUCCUCCGGCUCCUCGGCAUCCUCCGUGUCGUCACUGUCUGGGAGCGACAUUGAUUCGGACACGCCGCCCUGUACCACACCCAGUGUUUACCAGUUCAGUCUACAAGCACCGACUCCUCUGAUGGCCAGCUUACCCGCUGCCCUGCCGAUGCCCAGUGGCAAACCUCAGUCCACACCUUCCAGAACGUUGAUCAUGACAACCAACAAUCAGACCAGGUUCACCAUCCCACCACCGACCCUCGGGGUGGCCGCUGUUCCUGGCAGACAAGCUGGCGUCGAGGGGACAACGUCACUGAAAGGUGUCCACCACUCGUCAUCCCCAGCCGUCCCCUCUGCGUCCCCCACCCCACUGUCCAGCCCGCAUCUGUAUCAUAAGCAGCACAGCGGCAUGAAGCUGUCCAUGAAAGGCUCCCACAGCCACGCUCCAGGCGGCAGCUACGGCUCAGUGGGCAGUGGAGGCGUGCGCCCCCCUGUGGGCAACCGGGGCCACCACCAGUACAACCGUACCGGCUGGAGGAGGAAGAAACACACGCACACGCGGGACAGCCUGCCUGUGAGCCUCAGCAGAUAGUGGCUCUGCCGCACCUGCAUCCCAGCCCGCCUGCGGCCUCAGCGCCACGGGGCCCCGACCAGCCCGGUCACUCUGCAUGUCUGCCUGUGUGCUGGUCGCGUCCCGAGAGCAGCGUGUGCUCAUCCGUGAGGCCUUAGCGGCGUGGGCGUUGUCUGCUGCUGCUCCCGAGCUGCCGUGCUGCGCCGGGCAGGUGGGCGGCCGUGCGUCUUCAUCUCGCGUGGACCAGAGCCACUGAGGAGAGCAAGCCCGUUGCCAUGCCACGCCCACUGGUGGUCGGAGGUCAUCGUCUCACUGCCCUCGUGUUUGGUUUGAAGCUUCGGAACUGUUUUUCUGUGUAAAUAUUGAAAACUUAUGAUUUGUGCAAUAACUGGGAUAUUUUUUAUUUAAUUUCAUAUUUUCACAUAAGUUAUAUUUAAGGGAGGAGGGAUUUUUUUUAAACAAGCUUAGAUCCUUUCCCAAGUUGCAUUUCCUAAGUUGGGUUCAUCGUGUCAGCUGUUGUCAGAUGGGCAUCGUCACGAGCACUGUGCUGAGGGGCUUCAGUUUUAUGUUUUUGCUUUUGGUCAGAUGCGAGUCAAGGAGCUGACAGCCUGGCGCCUCUGGGGACCUCAGUCCCGGGGCCUGGGACGUGCUGCCCGGGCCUCGCUGUGGGUCCUAGCUCUUGGGUCUUGCUCUGACUGUGAGUUCUAACAUUUUGAUUUUGUUCUUUUAAUCUUGACAACAAAUCCAGCAUUGAAAGUGCCAGAAGCAUAACUUUGUAAGGGGAGAAGUGUCACGGAAUUCCACCUGACAAGCACAUGGCCUUGGACACGCUUGAGUGAGUUUCAGGACCAGCCCGUGAGGAGGGGCUGGCGAGUGGCAGCACAGACAGGGGUACCCAGUUUUAGGAAGUGGAGAAAGGAGUCUUGUUGAUUCCGUGAGGAAUCGGUGUGGCAGUAUGCCUUCGUUCUGUUAAGAGCAAACCCACGAGAAGUGCUCCGGCCGCUCGGAGCGGCGCAGGAAGUGUCAGCCACACCGCAGGGGCGACGGCGUGGCCUGAGAGCGACCCGCACCCACUCCAGAUGCCUGCAGGGUCACUAUGCAAGUGUGUUCCGCCACAUCCACCACUGUCCUUGUAAACUUGUUUGGAACGCAAGCAAAUCCGUCCUGCCUAACCCCGAGUUUCCACAGCCCUGCGGUUGUCCCAGGGGUGGGUUGCGUCCUGUGGCCACCUGGCUUCCACUUUCAACAUGGCCUUUGGGCCCUGCUAAACACUACAGGGAGGUUGGUGUGUGACGCCCGCUCAUGGAGGUGUGGCCAGGAGGUGGCAGCUGCUUGUCGCGCAGCUGGGUCCUGGGUUGCUGAGUGGCGGAUGGCCAGCAGGGAAACAGAGAGGUGUCUGCUCUGCCUUCCCCGGGAGCCGCCCACUGCUGCUGCAGGUGUCUUGGCGGCUGUCGGCAGACGGGAUUGAGAGUUACUCAGAAUAUUUAAAAAUAUUUAAAUUGUGAACCUAUCGAUAAGGAAUAUUUAUAAAAACUGACCCGUAGGCCUGUACUAAUCUCCAGAUGUUAGCAAUAUUGACUGUAACGCACAUUAAGCACACCAGUGCAGUGCUGGCAGCGAGUGUCCCGGGGUGCACAUUUUAAAGCUCCAUUCAUAGAGCCGGUUCCAUGUUUGUGUCCGUAAUGGCGAACCAGAUGAAUUGGCCUGGCUGCCACUGUGGUCACACGCUACAGGUUCAACAAAACGAUAUCAUGUUUCGAUUUUGUUUGUGUGUGGACAGCAAUGUGGAAGCUAAAAUUGACAUAUUUUUAUGUAAAGUUUUUCUAUUCUUUGAUUUUUAAUAAACUUUGGAAACCA